AAGCAGCAUAUUCCAAUCACAGGGGGCGCUCGCGCACCGCAAAGCUUUUGCUGUGAUAAUUAUUAGCUGUGGGCCCGCAUCGGCAUUGGAGUCUUUCCGGGAUCUAGACAUCACGUCUGGCGUAGCUGUUGCGCGUUAAGGAUUACUGAUGUCUAGCUGGUAGCAUAUCCGCAAAGUUUGCACUAACAGUUUGCGCAGCAGCUUUUAAGAGAACCUCUGGCUUUGGCGAAGAGGCAGCAUUCCUGGUUUCAGUGAACUGCUGCAACGGCUAACAGUUCGCAGCUAACAGUUAGCCGCAUCCGCAGACAGGUCGUGUGUGACAGCAGAGAAACUCCAUAAACAUGCAGGUAUGUCUGAAGUUAGUCUUAAGGCUGAGUCGGGGAAAACUUCAGCCGAGGACCCUCAAAAGGAUUGUGAGGAGGCUGAUAAAGCAGAGGACAGUUUGAGUGAGGAUGUGACUCCAGAAAUUAUAGACAGUAGCAGAGGAGGAGAGGACACAGCUGAUGUACUAUAUGAGAUCAAUAUUGACAGUGAUGAAGAAAAUGCAGAAUCCUGCGAUAAGGGUGUUCAGGAGAAGGAUGAGGGUACUCGGCGGGGAAAUGUGGUGUCCAACAGUGUAGGCAGCAAGGCUAAAUGCCAGGGUGAAUCGACUGAAACACCACAGAGAAAUGGAGAUUCUCUCUCUGAAAUAAAGGAGAGCACAAUGGCUGAUUCUCAUAGAGGCUCAGCUGCUGAGAUCCCAGUCACCAGCAAUGGAGACCUGGAUCAGAGCCCUGAGAGAGUUUUUCAGAGGGAUUCCCACUCCUCUAAUCCAGGGGCCAUGAAUGUCUCAGAUUCUUCUGUCACCACCAGCAACUUUGCCUCAACAGCAGAGGGCAUCAUUGAAUCAGGGCCAUUCAAAGGGUCAGCAAGCCUUCCCUCUUCUCCUGUGACACCUGUAGCUCCCAGCGCAGCUGUUGCUAGCCGCCUGGCGCGCUCCUCCAGCGAUAGUCGGGAGGAGAAAGGCACAAUGAAAGUACAGCCGAACAGUGGAGCUGUGGUCCUUUCAGACGAUUUAAAGAACCCGGCCAUGGAAAAACUGGACCUAGUGAGAAAGUGGAGCAUCAACACAUAUAAAUGCACCCGUCAGAUCCUGUCGGAGAAGCUGGGCCGGGGCUCAAAGACCGUGGACCUGGAGCUGGAGGGGCAGAUUGAGCUGCUCCGAGAAAACAAGAGAAAGUACCAGAAUGUGAUCAAGCUGGCCCAGGCGCUGGCCAAUCAGCUGUCCCAAAUAAUGCAAACUCAGAGGCAGCUGGGCGACGCCUUCGCCGACCUCAGCCUCAAGUCCCCUGAACUCCACGAGGAGUUUGGUUACAACGCUGACACGCAGAAACUUCUGUCCAAAAAUGGAGAGACGCUGCUGGCUGCCAUCAGCUUCUUCAUCUCCAGUGUUGACACACUUGUAGACAAAACAAUCGAAGACACCAUGAUUAAUAUCAAGCAGUACGAAGCUGCCAGGAUCGAGUACGAUGCAUAUCGUACGGAUUUGGAGGAGCUGAACCUUGGACUGCGUGAUGGCAGCACCAUGCCGAAGAUCGAGCAAUCCCAGCAGCAAUUCCAGAUCCACCGCGAGAAGUUUGAAAGAAUGCGGAAUGACGUCUCUGUGAAGCUGAAGUUUCUGGAAGAGAAUAAGGUGAAGGUAUUGCAUAACCAACUCAUCCUGUUCCACAAUGCUAUUGCUGCAUAUUAUGCUGGAAACCAGCAGCAGCUGGAGCAGACUCUCAAGCAGUUCCACAUCAAGUUGAAAAUGCCCGGUGGGGAAAGUCCCUCCUGGCUGGAAGAGCAGUAAACACUCCUGUGUGAGGCCUGGUUGGUUGGCUCAGUUUGAUGAACAUGCUAGGGAAACUACAGAAACCUUCCUCCUCCUGUAACUGUACUGUUGCUGCUUUUCCAGCUUCUGAAACUGUAAAUCUUCUAACAAAAGGAACAAACUUUUACACUCCUUUUGUCUGUUCUUCCCAAAUCAUAAAAGAAGCACUUUUCUACUGUUUGACCGAUCUGUUGAAUGGGAGUUGCAGCAGUAAAUACUUUUUGAAACUCUAAAUGGCCUUUUUUACUCCAGCAUAUGAAUGUUUGUAUUCCAGCACAGCACACAUGUUGGCACUAUAAUGGCAGCUACCGGAGAAGGACUGCCAUUGAAUCUCACAACAAUCUUGGCUUUUAUUUGCUGACCGCUUUACUAAUUUAAACAAGAGCUUUUGUUUGCAGUACAAAUUCUGAAUUGACAAAUUUUUACUCAGACUUUUGAAUUUUGUAAAUUGGUUUUUAUUUU